UUCCUAUCUUCCUAAAGAAUCACUUCCGGCCAAAGCCGGAAGCUUUGCUGCGGACCGGCGCGUGCGAGGGUCGCGGUUCCGACCACCCCGGUAGCAGCGGGGCAGAUCUCAUAUUUUGGAUUCUGGCUACGUUAUAAUGAAUGACACUUCGACAUCAGAUGUCAUUGGUCGACGAGUUGAGGUUAAUGGAGAACAUGCAACAGUGCGUUUUUCUGGUAUCGUCCCUCCUGUGGCAGGACUCUGGUUAGGAGUAGAAUGGGACAAUCCUGAGAGAGGAAAGCAUGAUGGAAGCCACGAGGGGACUGUGUAUUUUAAAUGCAGACACCCAACAGGGGGAUCCUUUAUUCGUCCCAACAAAGUAAAUUUUGGAGUGGGCUUUCUCACUGCAGUUAAGAAUCGCUAUGUGUUAGAAGAUGGACCAGAGGAAGAUGGAAAAGAGCAAAUUGUUAUAAUUGGAAAUAAACCCGUGGAAACUAUUGGUUUUGACUCUAUUAUAAAACAGCAAAGUCAGCUGAGCAAGUUGCAAGAAAUUUCUCUGAGGAACUGUGCCGUGAAUGGUGCUGGUGACAAAGGAGCAAUUGCCAAAGCGUGUCCUAAUAUCAGAAAAGUAGAUUUGUCAAGAAACCUGUUGUCCUCGUGGGAUGAAGUCCUAGAUAUUGCUGAUCAGCUGAAACAUCUGGAAGUUCUUAAUCUCAGUGAGAAUAAACUCAGCUUUCCCUCGGGUUCACCAGUUCGAACCGGAACAUUUCCUGCACUGAAGGUUUUAGUCCUUAACCGAACAGGAAUAACAUGGGUGGAGGUGCUCCGGUGUGCCGCUGGGUGGCCGGUCCUUGAGGAGCUGUACCUCAAGUCUAACGAUCUCCUCAUUUCGGAAAGGCCAGCUGAUGUCCUGCAGACAGUCAAGUUAUUAGAUCUUUCCUCUAAUCAAUUAAUUGAUGAAAAUCAGCUGUUUCUAAUAGCCUAUCUGCCCAGAUUAGAACAACUCAUCCUUUCUGACAUUGGACUUUCUUCUAUACAUUUUCCAGAUGCUGGAUCUGGGCAUAAGACAUCCAUGUUUCCUUCCUUGCAGUACCUCGUCGUGAAUGACAAUCAGAUAUCACAAUGGUCGUUUAUCAACGAGCUGGAUAAGUUACCGAGUCUGCAGGCUCUGUCCUGCAGCAGAAACCCCCUGACUGAAGGGAGCAAAGCAGCACAUACCACGCGUGGGCUCAUCAUCGCCAAAAUCGGUCAGUUGAAGACCCUGAACAAAUGCGAGAUCCUGCCGGAGGAGAGGCGCGGCGCCGAGCUCGAUUACCGGAAGGCGUUCGGCAACGAGUGGAAGGCAGCGGGCGGCCACCAGGACCCCGACCGGAACCGGCCCCACGCGGAGUUCCUUGCGGCGCAUCCCCGGUACCAGUCGCUGUGCCUCAGGGCCUGGUUUAUCGUGAUCCGUGUUUAUGCUUCUUGCACAGAAUACGGUGCGCCUGAAGAUGGGGAACUCAAGACACAACAGCCGUUUUUGCUCAAAAACCAGCUACUAACACUGAAGAUAAAAUAUCCUAAUCAAGUUGAUCAGAAAGUCCUAGAGAAACGACUGCCAGACUCCAUGACAAUUCAGAAGGUGAAGGGACUGCUGGCCCGUCUUCUCAAAGUUCCUGUGUCAGAACUGCUGCUGUCCUAUGAAAGCCCCAAAAUGCCUGGCAGAGAGAUCGAGCUCGAAAAUGACCAGCAGUCGUUACAGUUUUAUUCUGUGGAAAGUGGAGAUUGUCUGUUGGUGCGAUGGUAAUAAUGAACUAAGAAAGUCUGGGGACUACACUGAUUAUCAUGACUGGGUGUGGGGGUCACCGGAAAUAAAGGAUUUAUUGGAACAAUUCUGUCAGAAAAAGAGGUUUUACGACUUGCCCUAAGCGUAGAAAAGGUGGUAUUUUCACUGGGAAGAGACCAUUUCUAGGCUUGUAUGUAACAGCAGUAAUAAAGGCUUUGCACCUACUAA